CCCACUUCAAACAGACAACACUUUCAUAGUCGUGCGACUGUUUUUGUCAAUCGUUGUGGGCGACGGUCUUCUUUAGACACACUGUCAAGAAGCAUUGCGGACACCUGCGGUGCAGUAUUACAUGCAUGACCCUCAGUGACCUAUAAUGACCUCUGACAUCUAGCGCGCGAAUUCAAAAUGGCGGGAGAACAGCUUCUCCUCGUCAUGUUGCAACAAAUUAUGGUUUUUAUGUUUGCAACAACCCUUGCGCUACGGAAUAGGCGCCGAAUUCGUGUCCAGCAAAGACGGAGGAUGAGGCGUAUGUACAGGGAAGGACAAUACAUGGGUCUGAACCCGGCGUUCGUGGCCGCCGCCCUAGUUCUACUGCAAACCAGGCAUGUGGAUCGACACAUUGGUGCGUACCCGAGAAGCAGCGAGUGGUGGCAGGCCAUCGCAAUCGAAACGUUUGAUGACGCUCAGUGGUAUAAGAGGUUUCGUAUGAGGAGAAAUACAUUUGCGUUAAUACUCAAUGAUGUCAACGAUGUGCUACGUCGCACGGACACACACAUGCGUACGGCGAUAACCGCCGAGAAGCGACUGGCCAUCGGCGUUUACUGGCUUGCUUCCGGUGAUCUUAUGAGGACAGUAGGCGAUCUUUUUGGAGUUAGCGAAGGGUCCGUUAGUAACAUUGUCUACGAAGUUUGCAAUGCCAUAGUUGACAACUUGGGCCGUUACCUAUCAUUUCCUCGAGGACAAAGAUUGAGGGAAACGAUACAGGGUUAUGAACAGGAGUGGCAGUUUCCCCAAUGCGGUGGCGCGGUGGACGGGUCGCAUAUCCACAUCAAAUGCCCGUCGUCCGACGAGCGCACCGAUUUCUACAAUAGGAAGGGCUGGUACAGCAUGGUGCUGCAAGGAAUUGUGGAUUUUGCAUACAGGUAUGUUUUGCACCUCUGGGGGUAACAUGUCUUCAAACUUGUGUUACCAACAUUUACUGCUUGAUUACCAAUAUUUAAGUAGACUAUGAUUAAAGAAAUAAUGUUAUCAUUAUUAUCAAUUUAUUGUGAGAUUAGUCCUUUUGUUACCCUCACUACAACACUGUCAACAAUUUUUACAUAAACUUUCGGAGAAUGGUAUCCUCAGCGUCUUGUGGAAAUGAUAAUCUUUUCAAAAACUUACCUGAAUAGUCCCUCCACUCAGCAUUGUAUCUGGUGUUGUCAGGUCAUCUUGAACUUAUACGUAUGUCCUCUUAACUUCUUGUUUUAGAUAUUGAAUUGUAUUAAUCAAGAAAUAUACUUUUAGGUUCAUCGAUGUAUACACGGGAUGGCCUGGAAGCGUCCACGAUGCACGUGUUCUCAGCUACUCUCCGAUAUUCGAACGGGCAGAAGAACUAGAAGCAAAUGGACGUUCAUUGUUCCCCCAGGUAUGACAAAUUUAAACAUAUCAGUCAAAGGAAUAAAUAAUGAAUGCAAUUUGGGGGAUAAUUCUAACAUUAUGGUCCAAUCCUUUUAACUGAUUUAUUAGUCCGUUCAAAAGGUACCGAGUGCUACAAAUGAAGUGGCAUAAUAAACAUAAAUACAUGUUGCAUUUGCAAUGAUAUUCCCUUUUUUUUUACAGGAGUUCGCCCGCCAGAUCCAAGGCGUGCAAGUACCAGUGGUGCUGUUAGGCGAUGCUGCUUAUCCCCAUUUGCCUUGGCUGAUGAAGCCAUAUCCAGACAACGGCCAUCUAAGUGAGGAAAAGUUGCACUUCAACUACCGACUGAGCCGGGCGAGAAUGACAGUUGAGUGCGCCUUUGGCAGGCUCAAAGGCAGAUGGCGAUGUCUGUCACAGCAACUCAACAUUGACGUUGAGCGUGUCCCAACGGUUGUGACAGCCUGUUGUAUACUGCACAACAUAUGCGAGGAGCAUGGAGAAUACUACGAUAGGCGGUGGGAUGUUCCUCCUCAUGCUGCCUAUGGCCAGCGGGCACCAGCACAACAGGUGGCACCCAAUGCAGCACGGGACGCCUUGGCCAGGCUGUUCACCGAGCAGCGAGCAUAGGACUAGCAGUCCUCAUUUUCUCACCACUUGUAUGAUAUUGUACUGUUAUUACUGUUUUCCUUUUUCUCAUAGCAGAUUGUCAUUGCUUUAUGUAAUAUAUGUAAGGUAUGAUACCUUGGAACUGUACCAGUCAGUCUUUAAGAUGACAUAAUCUGUUAUUUGUAUGUUUUUUGUAGCAUGGAAUACAUUUCUGUCUUGUAUCAGUUAUACAUAAAGGUACAUCAUAGAAGAACAAAAUACUUCAUGUAAUGUUUUUGAGUUAUGAUAGACUGAAACUGUAUUAAACACUCUGUAAGAUGACAUAAUCUGUAAGGUAUAAAACUUGUUUUUGUAGCAUGGAAUACAUUUCUGUCUUGUAUCAGUGAUACAUAAAGGUACAUCAUAAAUACUAUAUAUAUCAACUGAGAGCAACCUUCUUUAAACAACAGGUACAUGUAUGAGGGUAUAAUUGUACAAUACCAGUUGUAUUAUCAAGCUGACGUGAAUCUGUUGUCACUGUUUAACUUAUUUUUGUAGCAGAUUGUCAAUGCUUUAUGUAUAUUUUUAAGGUACGAUACCCUGGAAGUGUACAAGACACUCUUUAAGAUAACAUAUAAUCUGUAAGGUAUAAAACUUGCAUUAUUUUGUACCAUGGAAUACAUCUUUGUCUUGUAUCAGUUAACAUACAUAAACAUGUACAUCAUAAAUACUGUAUAUACCAACUGGGAGCAACCUUCUUUAACAUGUAUGAUCUGUAGGUUACAAAACUACAAUGGAUAUGUUGGACAUGUGUAGUAUAGUUAUAAGUAUUGCACUCUACUAUAUAGUACAUAUUUGAGUUUCACACUUGUUUUCUUUAGGGUUUAAAAAAUAUAAUUUGUAGAAAAGUUUAAUCUAUGUCAACAUAUAAUAAGCAACAGAUUAAAUAUCCAAACUGGGGGCAACCUUCCUUUAUCAUACUUACAAUCUGUGUGGUAGAAAACUACAAUGGAUAUGUUGGACAUGUGUAGUAUAGUUAUAUGUAUUGCACUGUACUAUAUAGUACAUCUUUGAGUUUCACACUUGUUUUCUUUAGGGUUUAAAAAAUAUAAUUUGUAGAAAAGUUUAAUCUAUGUCAACAUAUAAUAAGCAACAGAUUAAAUAUCCAAACUGGGGGCAACCUUCCUUUAUCAUACUUACAAUCUGUGAGGUAGAAAACUACAAUGGAUAUGUUGGACAUGUGUAGUAUAGUUAUAUGUAUUGCACUGUACUAUAUAGUACAUCUUUGAGUUUCACACUUGUUUUCUUUAGGGUUUAAAAAAUAUAAUUUGUAGAAAAGUUUAAUCUAUGUCAACAUAUAAUAAGCAACAGAUUAAAUAUCCAAACUGGGGGCAACCUUCCUUUAUCAUACUUACAAUCUGUGUGGUAGAAAACUACAAUGGAUAUGUUGGACAUGUGUAGUAUAGUUAUAUGUAUUGCACUGUACUAUAUAGUACAUCUUUGAGUUUCACACUUGUUUUCUUUAGGGUUUAAAAAAUAUAGUUUGUAGAAAAGUUUAAUCUAUGUCAACAUAUAAUAAGCAAUAGAUUAAAUAUCCAAACUGGGGGCAACUUUCUUUGUCAUACUUACAACCUGUGAGGUAGAAGAUUGAAAUGGAUAUGUUACACAUCCUUAUCACUGUACUAUGUAGUUCUAGUGUUACACUUGUCUACUUCUUUUAAUGAAAGUUAAUAAAAAAAGAAACACGUCCCAACGGGGAACAACAAACAAAAUAUAUAUGUAACUAAUAACAAACUACAGAUCAAGGUAGCUAGUCACCUCAGGGUUAUGGCUGACAACUUCCUCAUUUUCUGGGGGACCCCUGGAAGGGAGGGUGCUCAGGUAUGCCCCCAGGGGCCUGCUAAAAGGGGAGCCGCAGCAUGUUAAUAAAAAAAGCAACAUGUCCCAACGGGGAACAACAAUCAAUAUGUAAACAAGUACAAAAACACCAGUACUACAGAUCACCUACAGAUCAAGGUAGGUACGCACAUCAGGUACAGUGCUGACACCUUCAUCAUUUUC